AGAGAGUGGUGAGAGGAAGUGAAAUCGAGGCCGUUGAAAGAUCCGUACUAGAGAAUCUAUGACCGUCCAUUGGGGAGAGGUGAUAUGACAGCAGGCAUGUGCCACCAUCCUUGCAAUGGUCCUUGUCAGAGUACGGAUUAUGUUUUAAAAAGGAGAUAUAUUUGUAUGUACACGCUGAUUCAGAUCGUCUCACCGGACUGACGAGAAGGAGAGAGGAAAUAAAAGAAAAAAUAAGCGACGUUGUGCGUCAUUUGAAAGUGCUGUGGAUGAGGUGAAAAAUCCCUUUUAUCAACUAAACAAAUCAUUCCGCUGCAACAGCUCAAGCGCUCAGCCACCUCUCGUUAGCCAACCGGCUUCCGCCCUCUAAGGCAAACUUUCAGGAGGGUUUUUGAGAAAGAGAUGAUUACAGGUUAUGUUUGGAAAUUCCUUAUCCGAUAGUUGAUCGUAGGUGCAUUUCUUUAUUAUAUUCUUUAUAUAAAUCCUUGGGCUUCGCUCGGGAAAUUGACAACGGAAUUUGGAAAGAAAGAUAAUUACACCGUUGAGCUAUAUUAUUAAGAAUUUCGCAAGAGGAUGAUGGCGUUUACGACACCAUUGGUCUUACAACCCAACCUGUCACGUUAUCCUCAUCCUCCAACCUUCACCUGCUGUUUUAAACCGUCUUUUAGGUCCAGAGAGAUGCCCCAGAAGGUCAUACUCGAUUCUAAUUUCCGUAGAAGAAUAGCUGGAAUAGCAGCAAUAGUGUCAGUACUAUUGGCCAGUCCGGAGGUUUCUGAUGGAUUCGAGUUUAACAUGGUAGUACCAGGUACAACGUACGAAGAGGCGAAGAGUGGAAUCAGAGGCCAUGCUCAAGCUUUGCUAGGUAUAAAAUCUCUGAUAGAGUCAGAGUCGUGGGUAGAAGCACAGAAGGUGCUUAGGAAGAACUCGUCCUACCUGAAACAGGACUUGUAUACCAUAAUCCAAGGGAAGCCGGGAAGUGACAGGCCCGAGCUAAGGAAGUUGUAUUCCAAUCUCUUCAAUAAUGCUACCAAACUAGAUUAUGCAGCAAAGUAUAAAGAUGCAUCGCUUGUCUGGCAGUGCUACGAGAACAUUGUUCUGGCUCUCAAUGAGAUUUUAUCCAGAAUAUAAUCAUCAGGGUGGUGUGCCAAAUUAAAACGGGAUAAGAGCAGUAUUCUAGCAAAACAACAUGCGAACUUCUACUUAUCUAGUAUGCUAUGAAGAUUGGCUGAGAACCUCAGAGUAGUACAACACUUUAUGGUCGUCCUUCUUAUUCCAUAAUUUAGCUACUGGAAAGAAGGCAGUGGUUGGGAAGCAGCGGCAAUAAUAAUGUUGGAGGAUUCGGACAUGGACCAUCUGUGGGUCGACCGGGCCCUACAUGAAACCCAUGCGGACACCACAAGCCAUUAUUAAGCAUAUAAUGUCUUUGGAGCACUAACGGAUUGGAAGAUUUCUGUUCUAGAGGACAUCUUUUUACCCACUUUUCUAUGUUUUGAGACAUUGAAAAUAAGUGCAACCGGGUGACAUUAGCUAUCUCCUGUUUAGUGCAUUUCGGUGUUCGGAAAACGACUUUUGAUAAAUGUAGCUCGAUCACCAUUGACAUAUUGAUGCCUCCCUAUAUUUUCAGCAUCUACAAUGAUUCACUACGUACCCGAUGACAUUAUUUCACCUUCGGUACGCCGAUGACUUCAUGAGACCUGCAAAACUGAGAAAAGAAUAAAUCAUAAAAGCUUGAUUCUUGAUAGUAGUUUCCAACGGCAGAAUGCUCCGAUGAUUAAAUCAGUAUUUUGUGUUUCUUAAAAAGUGCUCUCUUCAAAUGUACGAGGUUGAUCUUUUUAUAGGCAAAUGUGCUGUUUCUUUACAAUCCAGAAAUUAUGCUCUACAUUUCCACCUUUUGAUUUCAUUCAUGGCCCUCCCAUGCUUUUGGUAACAGGCGCAUGAUCCUCUCAUCUAACGGUUUUUUCUUCAUCCUUUAUGUAAUAUGGAAAACAUCAAUAUGGUUGGGCCUCCUAAUC